AUGGGCCAAAUCCCGAACUGGACCUCAAACCCCAGCAGGAACCUGAAUUCCACCGCUACGGCCCCCAUUUCCCCGCCUCCGCCCUCGCCCUCCCGGGAGCUGUGGCCGCCUGACCCGGGAUCUCUACCUUGGUCCUCGUGACCCGGAAGUGACCCUGCCGGCGGCGACAUGGAAGGUGGCCAUGUGCUGUGCAGCGGCUGGCUGAGGAAGUCGCCCCCCGAGGAGAAGUUGAGGCGUUUUGCCUGGAGAAAAUGCUGGUUUAUCCUGCGGAGGGGCCAGACUAGCAGUGACCCAGAUGUUCUGGAAUACUACAAGAAUGAUGGCUCCAAGAAGCCCCUGCGUGCCAUCAACCUGAACCUCUGUGAGCCUGAUGUUGGUGUGACUCUGAACUUCAGCAGGAAGGAGCUUCAGAAGGGCUAUAUGUUUGACAUCAAGACCAGAGAGCGUACCUUCUACCUGGUGGCUGAGACCAGGGAGGACAUGAACAAGUGGGCCUGGAGCAUCUGUCAGAUCUGCGGCGUCAGGCAGGUUGAAGAAAGCACAGGUAUGGGAGCUUCCUGUUUCAUUUCCACAGCCAGUCAUGGCCCCCGUUCUUCUCCAGCUGAGAUCAGUCGCUCCCACCAGCACCUCCCCCAAGAACGAGAACCCACGUCUGAGCCCUCUGUGUCUCACCGUGUGCCGCCCAACUGGCCCAUCCCUUCACCUCGGGGAUGUCUCUGCUUGCACCAGCAGGCCAGCCAGAGAGCAGGACAUGCAAGGAGUGUCAGCUUCUCCCAGGGCUCUGGGGCCUCAUUCCUCAUGAGAAGACACACAGCCUUGCAAAAUCUUGCACAGCUUAGUGGAUACAGUGUCGAUGGGGUCAGCGGUCACAUCCAUGGCUUCCAUAGCCUUUCCAAGCUGAGCCAGCACAAUACAGAAUUCAGAGGCAGCCCCUGCAGAGCUCCCUGGAGCCUGGCUUCCCAUGACCACACCAGAGGCAGCCUCACAGGAUCUGAGGCAGAUAAUGUAGCUUCCUUCCACGAGGACCCCCAGUGUGGUGGAGGGAGUGCAGGCCCGCCUGUCGAGUCCAUGCAUGAGGGAGUCAGUUCUUUCCUGCCAGGGAAAACACUUGUGGGCCUGUCGCACAACAUUGCUUCUGGGGACAGCUGUGUGCCCGUGAGCCCAGGCUCCCCGGACCUGCAGGCUGUGGAGCGAGCAGGCGAUGAUUCCCAGAGCACCUGCAUCCCCGUGGGCCCAAGACCCGUUUGCUUUGACCUGCGCGGCUCCCCACUCACAGAGCUUUCUGUGCACCGAGACCCCAGCCAGGGACAUGAGGUCCAGCCGCCCCCUGUCAACCGCAGCCUCAAGCCUAACCAGAAAGGUAACCCAACACCGCCCAACCUGAGAAACAACAGGGUCAUCAAUGAGCUCUCCUUCAAGUCACCUGUCACAGAGCCCUGGUCUAGGGCCAGCCACACCUUUGACUCCAGCUCCUCCCAACACCCCAUCUCCACGCAGGGCAUCACCAGCGCAGACUCAGGAGACAGCAGAGAGAGAUACAUUUUCCUGAACCCGGGGUCUGCAUUUCCUGUUCUCGGUGGCACCAGCAGUUCAGCCCUGGCGAGGAGCACUGGUAGCAUCCACUAUGUGGCUGUGGACUUCCAGCCAAGCAAGAUAUCCAUAAGCUCUGUCGCAUCCGGCAAGAAGGCGGAAUAUGUCCAGGUGGAUCUGGAGAAGACCCAGGCCCUGCAGAAGACCAUGCAUGAGCAGAUGUGCCUGCUGCAGUCCUUGGAGCCGCCCAGGGGCAUCAAGCUGUGACUCGGGACA